GCCAUCUAGCUUCUUGGUGUUUUUGUUCUUCUGGGGCCCGUCCCGCUCUUUACACAAUUCAUUUAGAUUAAUUGAGAACUUACGCCAAGGAAGAAAAGUUAAAAACUCGGGCGAAAGAGGUGCGAUGGAGAUCUGAUCGCUGCAAGAUUGAAGCACGAAUUUUAAUUUAGAAUGCCAAGCCAAGAGCGACCACUUCGGUAAAUUCUAGUUGUUGCUUGUCCCUCUCGUUUGUGUAUUUUGGCCAAAAAUCAGGAUUUUAUCAUAGUUAGGACCCAAGCGUGACUCACGCAUAUCUCGAAACCAAAUGAGACUUUAUGCGUUAGGAUUAUUUCUCUUACUGACCUGGGUAGCAAAAUCGUCAGGAAAUAAAAGAGCCCAUCAUAGUUCUCAACCUCACUCUCAUGUGCGACGUUCAAUUCAUGAAGACCAUGGCAAAACUAAAGAUUCCUCUAAGCGCCUUUACGAAAUGUUGGUGAGAAGGAAUACACUAACAAGACGAAGGAGGGAACUCAUGACAGGUCCACCCACGAAAACUAGGGUGGAAAUAAAAUUCAAAAAGAAAUGGCUUGAGGAAAUGUCCGACAGUCAGAGUUCUCAGUAUAAGCUGCUGGAUGGGAAUAUUGUUGAUGCGAUAACAACAGAACUUAUUGGGGACACAAACUACCUCAGUUCGGCAGUGAUGACGUUAAAAAGCUCCAAUGAGCCUAAGUCAAACGUUUUAGCAGACAUCGAGCUGCAGUUUGUAUCGGACGAGCUUGAUCCGGUUAAACAUCUCCGUGCUAUUGUGUCAGAUGGACACAUCUCUGGCAUGGUGGUCUACCCAGAUUACUUUGUUGUCCUUGGAGGCAACAACAACCCAAGUGCUGCUGAUCAACAGAACAGCAAUGUAGCACCCACUCUAAUUCAAGAUUUCCCUUUCGAUGUGAAAUUGCAGUUAUCUUGGCAUCCCUUCCUUAGCGAUACAAACAAUCCUAAAACGAAAACUUUGAGUUCUUCCAUUGAGAACACUCUCAAAAAGUUAUUCGCAGGUGAUCCAUCGUUCAUUGAUGCUAAAGUAAUCGGAUACAAUGAAGAUCCUGAUGGAAAUCCCCAUACAAGAAUUGUUCUUCGAUUUAAACCUAAUACAACAGAUCCCGAGGAAAUACUAAAGAAAUUGGUAACAACUGGUCACCUCGGAGAAGUUCCGAUCUUCAAUGACUAUCUGAAUGGUCAGAUGAAUCCAACGCAGAACCCUCCCGUCUCGCAACAUAACGCAGUGCCCCAGUUGAACGCUACAUCAACGCCUCAGGCCGCUCCUGCACCAGCUCCUGCCCCCGCUCCGGUACAAGCAGUACCAUCACCAGUGGCUCCUUCUCCAGCAAUCCCAGUGGAGAAUAACACAGUGGAAGUAAAUCCUCCCGCUUCAGUGGUACCCCAGGCCCAACCCACCGCUGCUCCAGCAACUUCAGCUGCUCCCCAACCUACACUACCUCAAGACCAGCCUGUGCCCACCAAUUCACAAAUUCCGUAUGCACAGCCUGGCGAGUCUUUGAAUGGAACAAUAAAGUUGAACGAGUCGUGGUACGAUUACAUGGGAAAUACGCAGAGUUCAACUUUCAAGAUAUUAGCAGAAGAUAUUGAGCAAGCGAUAAGAAACGCGUACGAACCGUACAGGUAUACAGUAACAUCCAAAGUUACAGGACUAAGCAAGACAAAUGAUAAUGAAGUACUAGCUUCAUUUACGAUUACCUUCCCCCCCGGAGAGACCCCGACUCUGAUACCUUUACAGCAGAUCGUGCAGGGGGGUCUUCUUGGUGGUAUCCCCGUGUUUCGUGAUUCUGUCCUGGAAGCAGGCAUGCGCACAACACCUUCUCCAAUUGCAUACGCUCCAACAAGUCCUUCAUCAGCCUGGUCGAACAACUCCUUGUCACAAAACUAUACCGUUCCAGCCAAUAAUAUGACGUUGGCUCCUGCAGCUUAUCCCAAUGCCUCUCAAACAUUCAAUGCCACAGCAGUAGCACCAGCUAUUGAACCUGCCCCAGUUCCUACUGCAGCUGUGUAUGCUCCGACGCAGUCGGUGUACAAUGCCACUGCAGCUCCUGUCCAAGUGCCGACUGGUUCCGUCACCUACGAGCAGAACACUUCGGUGUCUAACACUUCCAAUGUGGCAUCUGAUCAGUAUGGGCAAACAUCCAACGUUCAAACACAGACUUCAGGCUUGGGUAAACUUUCCACGCCACCUGGUUAUACUGGAGGUCUUAUACCACUACCGGCAGGAAUUCCCAAGUCAUGCGCAGAAAUCCGCGCAUCUGGAAUCGGGUCACAGGACGGGGAGUAUGUUAUUCAAGCACGGCCAGACUGUCACUUGAACAUUAUUUGUCAGAACAUGGACGAACCAAACCCUAUAGAGUUCCUAGGUGGUCCGGAACAAAGAUACUGGCUUUAUUGGCAUUAUGCAAUCCUUAUAAGGUUGUCAGCUUAUGACAAAGAACACGUGGACAAGAGAGCUUGCCUUGAAAACACCGCGGAUGGCCGCACAUUUAUUCACAAGGUGAUGGACGCUGGUGUAAGACAAGGAAAUCCCCUUGUUCACUGGAAAACCAACAUUAAGCACAUGAUAAAUAACUUCAUCGGAAAAAUGAAGAAAAAGAGAGAACUGAGAGAAGAUAUCACUCUGAGCACAAAAGCUAUGAAGAUUUAUAAAAGAUUUGCAUCGCAAAUGGAAAAAAUGGAAAGAGGAAGGAAUAUGGAUAUGUAGAUUUUAAAAAAAUGUUAAUUUUCGCUCAGCCUUCCCGCAGUCCGUCUAAGAGUAAAUCAGACUUGAAUUUGCUUUAACCUCAUAUGUUUCUUUAAACAUACCUCAUCAAUCUUGUACACUUUGCACUUAGAAGUCAAUUUGUAGAACUUUUUAUUACGUUUUUCACCUCGUGAAAUUGAAUUUGGAUUUGCUGUUUACAACGUAUCUGCUGUUGGAAUGUUCUUACGGCAAUGAUUAAGUUCUAAUCAAAUUUAUUUAAUAACAAGAUUUUGAAUGAAUUUUACCCCUUCUUAAAAUCUAAUUCCAGCUUUAAAAAAGUCCGAGGAAUGGCCUUUGCCACUCUGAAGAAACUUAGUAGAGUUAUAUCUACAAAAUCUCACCUGUUCCGAAAAUACAAGAACGUCCAUCAAUUCUAGAUGAAAAAUAUCAAAACAAUUAACUCACCAAGUUUCUUUUAAUUGCCUGCUUAAUUGAAAUCUACUUAGUUGAUUGUUCCUAAUGACUUCUUCAAAAAAA